AAUGCAUGCAUCUCCUUAUGUGUCAUUCUUCCGAUUAACUUCUCGUGUAUAAAAACUCUUGCAGAUUAAUAUUGUUGAAAGGAAGACAAUUUAUAUGCAUAAAUUAGAUACCUUGUUUGAUAUAAAUAUGAUGGAUCAUGUCGAUAAAUCCUUUAACAUAGGUUUAUUCAUGAAUUUCGAUAAUGAGCUUACUUUCGAAAAUCAAGAGAAUAUAGAAAAGUGGUUUUUGCAAAAUUGUGAAGGCGAACGACUACACAUGUGAGCUCAUGGAAUUGGGGGUCUUUAUUAAAAUUGAUGAUUGCUAAAAAAUUUUGGCAAUGGUUAAGACCUAUGUUACACGGACUCUGGUGCGGGUACCGGGUGCGUAUCUAAGGGUCAGACACCUCAAAACUAAAAAUGAAUGAUACGUGGAUAUGGAUCCAAAUUUGGAUACGGAUACGGGGAUACGUCAAAUAAUUAUUUCUUAAAUAUAUAUUUUUUAUAAACAUGAGUUAAAAAGUUGACCCAAUAAUUUUUUUUCAUAUAAUUUAUGGACCAAACAUAUAAAUUAGCUAUAUAAUAGCCCAUGGUAUUAAAAGAUUUGUUGACCAAAAUUUUAAUAGGCUCAAAGUUUAGUAGGCCCAAAAUUUUACUUAUCUAGUUCAGCCCAAUUAUAUUUUUAUAAAAAGAAUAAAAUAGAGAGAUGAAAUAUAAUAAAUAAAGAAUAAAAGAGAGAGAGAGGGGGGCAGAUCAAAAGGCAGAUCUGGAAUAGAAGAGAGAGAGAGAGAGAGAGAGAGAGAGAGAGACGUGACAGAGAAAGAGAGAGGGGCUUACAGUUGUGCUCGUCGAAGACGAAGACGAAGUCGAAGUCAAAUGGCGCCAGACGAAGUUGAAGUCCACGAAGACAAAGUCGAAGGACGCGAGCUGGGGGAUCGAAGUCGGCGACAGAGGGAUCGAUGUCUUGCCCUUUCGAAGUUGGCAACAGGUGGCAUGCUGUUGCGUCAUGGACUUGGGAUGCACAAGAUGAAACAUGUGGAAUAUGUAGAUUGGCCUUUGAUGGUUGUUGUCCUGACUGUAAACACCCAGGGGAUGAUUGCCCACUAAUAUGGGGUGAAUGCAACCAUGCGUUUCAUCUUCAUUGCAUCUUAAAAUGGGUGAAUUCACAAACUCCUCAAGCACAUUGCCCUAUGUGCCGUAGAGAAUGGCAGUUUAAAGGAUGAAAUCAAACUGUUGAAUUUCUUUUUCCCCAGCCUCUCUCUCUCUCUCUCUCUCUCUCUCUCUCUCUCUCUCUCUCUCGCGUGUUCCUUUAUUUACUUUUUCUCUGUGGAUCAUGUUAAAGAAGCGUGACUUGGAGAUGAUUAGUGAUUUACUGAUCUUGAAAGUUGAUUUCGUACUCUUUUGCACCAACUUUUAGUGUUAUGCCAAUGUUCUAUAUUAGCUGGUGCUGUUUAUAUGUAACAGCUGGUGGGUUUAGCUCAUAACUGCUACCCCAAAAAAGCUGAAAGUUGUGUAUUUUCCGGCUACACAGAUAUGUGUUUGUUUCAAAUUAGAAAAGCUUACACGUAUGCACACAAUCGUGGUUGUUUAGACAUUUUGCUUAAGCAUUUGGAAAUUUUCUAAACCAACUGCUUGUUUUA